AUGCCCACUGCCAUGAAGCGCAAGUCGCCAUCGCCAUCGGCAGCCUACAGCGAGACGAGCAGCACUUCUCCUCAAGGCGACGAUGCUCCCGGAAGCCCAAUUCGCAGCUCUGGCAGCGCCAAGCGUGUAAAACAAAACAAAGGUGGCAUGCCAUCGGAGGGAAAUGCCAAGACUGCUUGGACGGCCGCUGAGGACAAGGUCUUUAUUGACAUGAUGCUAGCCUCCUACAAACCAGACUUUCCUGUCGUCGCAAAACAGCUCGGCGAGAUUCGAACAAGUCAAGGGUUGCCACCGAGGGCAUUGAAGCAGGUCUAUGCUCGCAACGAACGCAUCAAGGUCAUGGUCCGCAAGAUGUUUGAAGGAUCUCGAUAG